AUGGCCUCUCCGAACCCACCCGAUUGUCUCACCUGCCACUUACCAUUGGCUCCAGCGCCAUCCCGCCCGAACGGGUGCCCCUUUUGCGGGAAAGAGUUUCGCCGCGUCGACGGCGCCAAGCGGCACGCCAAAACCUGUGCCGCCCGAGGCGACCGCCCCGUGCCUGACGCGAAGCGCGGGAGAAAGGUGCGGGCUUGCGAUGCGUGCGCUCGUAUCAAGGUCUCGUGCGACGCGGGAUCGCCGUGCUCGCGGUGUGCGUCGCGGGGCUUGCGUUGCGUAUAUGGGAGGUUUUGCACGGAUCCCGCGCACGUCGCGAGGCCCGACGCCGGCGUGAAACCUAUCGCUUCGCUAGCCGACGAUGAAAAGAGGCCGUCCAUGCCGUUUUUGCUGGCGUGUACCGAUCCCUCCGUCGGCCCAGUGGACGAGAUCAUCAUCACAAGGGAGCCGGAACAACAGUCAGAUGAUCAACCGCCGCAGAGCAUGGACACUCCGGUGCAUCUGGAUACCCAUGCUGGCACGAUUGACCCGAGGCUCCUAUUCACCAGCUUUAUUGGUGCGUCGUUCAGCAUGGGUCCGGGCUACGAUGGCAUGGAUGAUGACUAUCUUCUUGACACGCCGGAUCGACCAGACCAACUUGCCGAUGACCGGCUGGGAGCCCAAGUUGGACUUUUAGAAGCUGAGCUACGACGCGUAGUUUCAAAAGAACCUACCCUUAGCCAAUUUCGACAUGUAGAACCGCCUGCUGCCUUCUUCACGGUGUCCAACUUCCGCGAGUAUAUCAAGGCCUUUUUCCAACGCGAUCAGCUGUUGGCGACCGUCAUACACCAGCCAACAUUUCACCCAGAUCGAGUAGACCUGACUCUGCUCCUCGCCAUCGCCGUCGCUGGUUCUGCGUAUCUGCUGUAUCGCAGAAGGAGGGUAGAUUCUGGUACUUUUGUUUCGCGCUGCGAGAGAUAG